UGGCUUCAUCUCCUCCCAUUAUCCUCACAACUUCACACCACAAGGGGAAAAAAGGGGGAGAAAAAUAAACUUCUGUCUUUUCUUGGUGUCAAUCGUCCAAAAAUCACAAAUCUUGGAAAGAAGAAGGCGCGAAGGCAUAAGAAUCUCUCAGAUGGGUCAUCUCGACGAUUCUUGCAACGCAGGUCUUGUUCUUGGGUUAGGCCUCACGCCAACGACCGCUAACUACAAUCAUGCCAUCAUGAAGAGAUCAUCCUCCAACGUUAACGCCGUCAACCACCAGAUUCUCGAGCCGUCCUUGACUCUGAGCCUCUCCGGCGACAGCUAUAAGAAAAGGACGGCGGAGGAGCCGUCGGUGACCGUCGCCGGAGGCGGAGGCGGAAGCGGCGAUCAUCAGUUGUGCCGACAAGCCUCUUCUCAUAGCGGAGUGUCCUCUUUCUCCAGCGGAAGAGUGAAGAGAGAGAGAGAUAUCGGCGGCGGCUAUGGCGGGGAAGAGGCGGAGACGGAGACGGAGAGGGUAUCUUCGAGAAUAAGUGAUCCAGAAGAUGAGGAAAGUGUUAAUGCCAGGAAGAAACUCAGGCUUACCAAAGAACAAUCUGCUCUUCUUGAAGAAAGCUUCAAGCAGCAUAGCACCCUUAAUCCUAAGCAAAAGCUAGCUCUUGCAAGGCAGUUGAAUCUAAGGCCAAGACAAGUCGAAGUGUGGUUCCAAAAUAGGAGAGCUAGGACAAAGCUGAAGCAAACAGAGGUGGAUUGCGAGUUCUUGAAGAAGUGUUGUGAGACAUUGACUGAUGAGAACAGAAGACUUCAGAAAGAACUUCAAGAACUCAAAGCCCUAAAAUUGGCUCAGCCCUUCUACAUGCACAUGCCGGCGGCGACUCUCACGAUGUGCCCUUCCUGCGAAAGAAUCGCCGGCGCCGGCGCCGUCUCCGGCGGCGGUGGACGUGGAUCCACGGCGGCGGUCGUCGACGGCUCCGGAACCAAGGUCCCGACCUUCUCCAUGGCCGCUAAGCCUCACUUCUUCAACCCUUUCACCAAUCCCUCUGCAGCUUGUUGAUUAGUUAGUUUAUUGCUUAAUUAUUAAUUAAUUUGUUUUUUAAGAUUUAAUUAGAUAAUAGUUAUAAUCUAGAAGAAAGAAUCCAAAAAAAAGAUAGAUAUACAUAUAUGUGCUGAAAAUUUGGAAGGGGAGAAGAAAAAAAAAGGUAUAGCUAGGGAGACUUCUACAAUUCCAUUUUGUUUUUCGGUGGAAUUGUUGGUGGGAAAAAAUAGUUUGUAAUUAUUGUUUAAUUUGUAAAAAAAGGAAUAUAUAAUACUUGCUAAUCCAUUUCCCGUUAUUAUUUUUUUGC